AUAGUGAAUGUCCAGUGCUGGGCCUCAGAGUACCCAGAAAAGAUUAACUGUACCUGGGAUGUCCGGCCUGACUCUCACUUACACACUACCUUCAUUUCUACCUAUAGGUUGGGAUGGACUGAUCAGGACCAUACGAGCCAGUGCCUUCAGCUUGACUUUAAUCCAUACAGCUGCCAGAUUACAGACUUCAAGAUGUUUGCAGACGUUCCAUACAUUGUAAAUGUGACUGCUGUCAAUCCACUGGGAUCAUUUACGCUACUGCAUCACUUUUUUGUAGAGAACAUCAUACGGCCAGAUCCACCUGUGAAUGUAAGCUUAUCCCUUGUACAUGGAGAUAGCAGGAAACUAUUACUGCAGUGGAGCCCACCUCUUUCUUGGCCAUAUCCAGACUAUUUCCCGCUGUCUUAUUUGAUCCGCUACAGAAGGACGGGUGUUAAACUGUACAAAGUGGUUGGGCCCUAUGAGCAGACUUCUUUCCUUAUCAUGGGAAACCGCCCCGGGUCCACUGUACUUGUGCAAGUUGCGGCCAGGGAUUUUACCGGAGCAGGACACUACAGCGAAUGGAGCACAGUGGUGACUGGACAACCAUGGAGACCACAUAGAAGCUAA